ACCACAGCCACGUUUCGGGCCGGCAGAGGCAGCCUGGGCAGAAGGUCACAGCCCAGCUCGGGAGAGCAGCCGCUCAGGGACAUCAGACCUGAUGCUCAGCAGACCCCAGGCCCCCCGGACAGGUCUGUGACACCUCCUGUCAGCAAAGGCAACUCACACAAGGAGUUUACAAUGUCAAGCAACAUUUCUGAAUGUCAUCUCUAUGAAGAAAUGGAACCUUUCACCUAUUUUUACUACUUGAUUUUUCUCACGGGAAUUAUUGGAAGCUGUUUUGCACUGUGGGCAUUCACGCAGAAGGACCAGAAACAGAAGUGCAUGAGCAUCUACCUGAUCAACCUCCUCACUGCGGAUUUCUUGCUGACUUUGACGCUGCCAGUGAAGAUUAUUGUUGACCUAGGAAUUGCGUCCUGGAAUCUGAGAAUAUUCCACUGCCAGGUCACGGCCUGCUUCAUCUACCUGAACAUGUAUUUAUCAAUCAUUUUUUUGGGACUCGUGAGCAUGGAUCGCUGCCUCCAGCUGAUGCACAGCUCCAAGAUCUACCGCAUCCAGGAGCCUGGCUUUGCCAAGACCUUGUGUGCCGUGGUGUGGGCCAUGGUUCUCCUCGUCACGGUGCCCAACAUGGCCAUUCCCAUCAAGCACAUCGAGGAGCGCCCUGGCGUCGGGUGCAUCGACUUCAAAACCAAAUUCGGGAGAGACUGGCACGUGUUCACCAAUUUCAUCUGCACGGCGAUAUUCCUCAACUCCUCGGCUGUGAUUCUGAUCUCCAACUGCCUGGUGGCCAGGCAGCUGCGGCGGCACGGGCGCGGCGAGCGCGGCGGGCGCGUGCGGAAGGCGCUGGCGCACGUCCUGCUGGUGACGGCCGCCUACCUGCUGUGCUUCGUGCCCUACCACGCCGUGCGCAUCCCCUACACGCUGAGCCAGGGCAGCGCCAGCGCCAGCUGCCCCCUGCGCCGGGCUCUCUUCAAAGCCAAGGAGGCCACCUUGCUGUUCGCGGUCUCGAACCUCUGCUUGGACCCCAUCCUCUACUACCACCUCUCCAAGUCCUUCAGGCUCAAGUUCACCGAGACCUUCGCAGCCCCCAGGGAGACGAAGGCGGCGCAGCAGCCAGCAGCAGAGCUGCAGCCCUGCCUGUGAAACAGCAGCGCAGCGUGCCCACCCUGCUGCUGGGGGCUGCAGCUGCUCCCGACGAGCCGUGAGCCCAGGCAGGAGGAAAACGCCGCCAGGGAGCACCUGUGGCUGUGGGACCCGCUGGCUCUGCGCCCUGAGCACGCACAGCCUCCAGAGACGCCUCCACCAGCAGCCCAAAGAACAGUGCUGGCCCACCCGGCGUCAGCAGCGCGUGGGAAUGCACGUUCAGACUCAAAAACCCCUUAGAAUUAUUUAUGGCACACACCUGGACUCACCUUUACUAAGUUAAAUGUUGUGCAUUUACUCUCUUAAAGGACUUGGUGCUAUCAAGUGAAGAAAUUAGUAAACAGCAGUUCUUCAGCUGCAAAGCUGAUUUGACAAGAUUAACCAAAAAGCAUUUUAGAGGGCAUUAUUUACUCCAAAAAGGGAUUUUAAACGGCGCUGAUUAAAAAUUAUUGUAUCUGCUUACACCACACCUGCAGGCUUCACAAAUAAAUUUCUUCUUGCCAAGUUCCACUGUCUCUCCCUGCUGCUGCCUCAACAAAUACGAGAAAAGCUAUCAGCAUGUUAUUGCAGAAAAUUCAAGUGAAUUGUAAAAGGAAGACAAAAAGUGUAAGUAUCUAUCAUUUCUUUUCAUCCAGGACUUCAGAUGCACCACAUUUCUGCGCAGUUAAAUAAAUAAAUGUCCCUACACACAAAUGCACACGAUAUCCGCAGCAUUUGCAUCUGAGGCCACUGCACGUGUGACUCUCUUACCCCUGCAUGAAGUCCAGACUCACUCCAGAACAACAGGCUUUUCCUAUUAACUAAUUUGGUUAGUUCUAAGGUGUUUCAUUUAAUCAUUUUGGCUUACUGAUGGGAAAGCAGCUUCCAGGACUACCAUGAAUACAAAAGGAGACUUCUCUUGUCAGUGUAAAUUACAGGUUGAGCUCUGACCAGGGCAAAGCCCCCUGCUCUGGGUGGAGGUUCGGGUGCAGCGAGGCAGGAACAGCGCAGUGACUCCCUGCCCCUGAGCUGGUUUGUGGUGAGAGCAGACAAGGCAGAGCAGCCUCUGAAAGCAAAAGCCAGACCCACACCCUCUGUGAGGGACUCCAGCCCCUCUGGCAUCCCUUUCGUUGGACCAUCAGCUCACAACAGUGAAACACUUCCAACAGACGUGAGUCAGCUCACACUUGGGGACACCUUCCCGAGUUCGGCUGCAAUUUCUUGCUUUAAAUACAAGGCUUUUUCAUGCUAAACUUUUCGAGAAUUUUUAAGCUGAAAAUUGAUGACAAAGAUCCCCAGUUCUCCAAAUGUCAAACUCAGUCCUUUUGUAAUGAGAUUAAAGCGAGGCUUCCUCAGAAAUAAUUUACUCUUUAGGCAAAUCUUCACACGGUGCUGAAGCAGAAACAGAUUACUUCUGCCUCAAUUUCCACUUGCCUCUUCUCCAGGAGGCUGGCCACAGCCAUGGCCCUGUGCUUCCCAGAGCUGCUACAGCUCACAGCCCACUCCCAGAGCAGCAUCACCACGGGCUCAUCGCUCGGGGCUCCCUGUGCAGGGCAGAACAGAGAAACCAGCUCACCCACGCAGCCCACGAGCUGAUCCCUGACCCAACAGCCUGCAGCUCUGCAGCAGGAAAAGCCAAAUGAGCUGUGGUUUGGGCUUCCGACGCACACAUUUGCUGUCACUUGCGCACAUUUGCUUUCUUUGCGGUGUCCUCAUAUGAAAUAUAAGCUGCAAGCAGAAGAGAGAAAGUUUUCAUGCCCCCAGUUUUCAUAUUGUUGAUACUCAAGUCAAAAUUUUACCUCAUGAUAAAGUUGCUUCACAAAACCAGUGAGGGAUGGUGUGCUUUGUGAGCAGGAGGAGCAGGAGCAGCGCAGCCUCAGAGCCUCCAGCCCACUCAGCACUUGGGAUUUACACACUCAUCCUUCCAGCCCUCCUCUGUUUCCAGACUGCGACUUGCAUCACACUGACACAUUACAGAAAACCAAACAAAGCACCCCCCAGCCUCUAAAGGUGUUAUCAUCUGUCAGAUAGCAAAGGUUGAAAAACUCCCCAAAACCUCCAUUUUAUUUCUGACACUUUAAGGAAACGCCAUGCGUCUUCAGAAGCCUGCAUUUUCAGAGCAGGAAUGGGACGCAGUGUGCUUAUAUCCAGGACUUUCUCUUGAGUGCUCUCAUCUCACUUGUCCCUCCCAAGCUGGCCACCAUCUCUGAAGACUUCAAAAUACCAACCUGCAAAUUAAAGAGAUGUGACUUUCCUUCUUUCCCCAGGAUCAAUGGAAGCUACACAGAGCAGUGACCACAGGGGCUGGAGCCAAGCACGGCGCCCUCAGAGUGAUUGGGAAUCACAGAUCCAAGGGCAUGGAAGCUCCUGCUCCACAGGCACAGCUUCCCUCCUCAGAAAAACAGAGCACACGCCUGUGCUGAACAAGGCUGCUGUGCACACACACAGCUAGGGC